UCUAUUACGUUGACUUGAAUUUGAAACGUAAAAAGUUGAGCUUUCGAAUGUUUUAAACAGAAGGACAAAGGUGAUUUGAGUACUCAUGCGCAACUCGUGCUAAAAUUGAAAUUCUUCCAACUUUUACUUUUCCAUUCGAAUGUAACGUCAACGUCAGUGCAUCGUGGCCUUCUCGAGUAUGUCUACAACCAUUUUUUGGUAAAAAUUUCUUCAAAAUGUCUAUCUUUAUAUUGGUGUAUUAUGCUUAAGUUUUCAAAUCGUAAUCGAAUGAAGUGUCGUUAACGUAAUUGUGUUUUCAAAUCAUGCAUUUAUUUAAUGGUUGGACUUAUCUUUAAAUUAAAACGCCUCUCGAGUGGUAGGGUGAUAAGACUGUAACGUCAUAAUUUUACGUGUAUAUAUACAAGUAACUUCACAUAAAGCAGUUGAAUCAUAUUUCAUCGUUGAUCAGUUUUUAUUACUUCCACGAAGAAAAGAAAGUCUCUUAAUCACUGGGUAUUCCUUGGAUGGAUCAGGGUAGUAAUUUAUCUAGAGAGGAACAGUUAUGCCCUGUGGAACAAAUUAGUCUCUGCAGGGAUGGCAGUGCUCAUGGAUGUCAACCAACGGUUGGCCGCUGGGGCAGCGAAUGGCCCAGUUGACUGAAAACCGCCCAAGAAUGUAUACAGAAUUUAACUGAAGUCGGGGGCGAGUGGCCGAAAGGCCAUCCGUUACCUCUACCAAAAUGGGGUCGACCUAAGGAGGCCUUAUUUUUAACAUCUGUCGAAGAAUAUGAAGAAUUAGCUCAGGUUAUAGAACUAAACGUACAACAUAUACUGCAAGCUCACAACUAUAAUGCUAUUGAAAAUUUGAUCAGAUUUUACGAAGAGUUCAAAAAAAGCGAAGAACCAUGUUUGAUGAAUUUUUACCGAAGCUAUUGCCCACCAAUUACAUCCGAACAUCAUACUUGCGUUGGUUUAAGUUUGGAAUUAAUGAAAGAAUUGUUCGUAUUGGAAGAAAGAUUUCCGGGCUUGAUUGAGAAAUUGUAUUUGGCAUCAUGCGAAGAAUGUGUUGAUGAUGUGUCGUCUUACACUUCGGAGUUACCUAACCCUUACGAUUCAGAAAAAGAGCACGUUUUGGUCGCUUUGAAAAUCAACAUCGCUGGUCGUCUAGGAAUUCUAUUGCUAGAUCCUGGGUAUCAUAUUGGACGUGCCAUUACCAUCAUGAAAGAUUGCUAUUACCCUCAUACUGGUUGGUUUUUACAAUCAGAAGAAAAUUCAUGUCGAAAAGAAUACUGCUACAGUUUCGAUUUUGAUAAUGAAGACUAUGUGUACUGGCAAAUUAGAGAGACGCGACCAAACGGUGUAAACAAGUUGAUUGGAAAUUUGAUCUACGUGGGUGUACCUUAUUUAGCACCAGUCGAUGUUACGGAACGAAGAAAUCUUGUUUACGAAUUCAAAUGCUUGGUUAGUCGUACAGUUAAAGGUAACCUAAGAGCUGGAGUUUAUUUUCCAUUCAAAGCUGGAGUCGAUAAAUUCACAAUUUUCUAUCAAGAUGGUGAUGUAACUAAACGUGAAAAACUGCCAUUCUCCAUGUUCGACAAUAAUAACUUAGCUCCAAGUGAAGAAAACGCAUUAUCUAUGUGUAAUAUGCAGCUCGGAUACAAGGAUGGGCGAUUGAUCAACAUAUUAACAUGUUAUAAUAACAUCUUCAAUGAUGACAGCUUUGUUCAACAAAUCACAGAAAUCAACCAAAACAUUUAUAAUUUAGGACAAGCCGAAGAAUGACAAUUAUCUAACUAAUUGUUUUCCGUUUACCUCGAAUGCUUGCUGUUAUAUGAGUUUAGUUGCUACCUACUUUAGUUUUAUUUUUGGUGAUGGGUUUUAUCAUUAUUAUUUUUUUUUUUAGUAUGUACAUCAUUUCUUCUCCUUCUUUUAGUCUUCAUUUCUUCACAAUAUAAAUAAAUUUAUUGAAAUUAUUACUUACCUAUAAUUAUUUUUUUGUCUUUUUUUUUACUCAAAGAGAAUUGUUUUACUUUGGGUUAUUUAUUACUUAAUUGCUUGACUUUGAUUUGCUUAUAGUGUAUUGAACAAGUUGUCAUCAAGUGUAAUGUUGUGCAUUGUGCAUAUAAUAAAUGUUGCGCCACAA